AUGAGCAACAUUAACAACAUCAACAACACCAACGACUUUGUCAUUGUUAGCGAGACGUUAAAGAAGUACGAUGCUGUCUUGACUGAGUUCAACUCAAUUUUUCUUGUUGGAAGAGAAUUCUCUUCAGUCGUAGCUGUUCGAGAAGCUGCCAAGGCAUAUGGUGUCAAGCAUAACAUUGCUCUCACUACUGAAUAUGCAUCAAGCUCUCGCAUCAAAUUGAUUUGCAAGCACUCUGGCAAAUAUAGAGAUACCAGAAAAGCUGAGAAGGAGAGAAAGCGCAAAAAAGACAUGCAGAAGCAUGGCUGCCCUUGCUUCAUGUAUGCCAACACCAAGAAGGGCGGAAAGCUCACUGUGUGCUCCCAUGAGGCAGAGCAUAACCACCCCAUUGAAGAAGACCGCAGAGCAUAUGCUAUACAUCACAAGCUCUCGCCUGAGGCAAUGGCACUUGUGGUUAAGCAUCUGGAGAACAAUAACAAUGUAUCCACCAUCUUCAACAGUUUGAAGAUAAAUGGAUAUACAAACAUUGUUUGCCAUGACAUUGCUAAUAUAAAGCAACAUUUCGGAAAAUCGGAAAAAGGAAAGGAGAUGUUUGACUUUAUCACCACUCUGCAAGAUAUUGACUUCCAUGUGUUAUAUUUUUAG